ACCCUUUUCCUAUUUUGUAUUUUUUUUAUUCAAUUUAUAACACAUUGUAUUUUUCAAUUUGUCAGGAUUCGUUCUCCUGUCUAGAAGAACUAAAAUUCCAACAGAAUGACAGCAUGAAGGAGAUAUGGCGUGGUCAAUAUCCAGGGGCCUAUUUUCCCAAACUAAAAGAUUUUAAACUCCUCCAAUUCCAAAAAUGCUCAGCUCUUCUUCGGUCUUUUAAUUUCUUCUUCCAAACACUACCCAGUCUUGAGAAGCUGAAUGUGAGUGAAGCUUCCUUUCAUGAAAUAUUCCAAUGUGUAAGACUUCGUAGUGAGGGAAGAACUACAGAUGCGCCCCCUCGGUUAAGAGAAUUAAAAUUAUCGAAACUUAAUGGGUUAAUGCAUCUUUGGAAGGAAGAAUCUGACCUCAAAUUGAUUUUCUACAACUUGAGAAGUCUAGAGGUGCUUGAGUGUAUCAAAUUGGUGAAUUUAGUGCCAUCAGUUGUAUCUUUUGUGAACCUGCAGACUCUAGAAAUAUCAAAAUGUCAUGGACUUGAAAAUUUAGUGAGUUACUCAACUGCCAAAAGCUUGGAACAGCUGGAAAGAAUGAGCAUAACUGAUUGUGACUUGGUGGAAGAAAUUGUCAAAUGCUUGGAAGAUAAUGUGAAGGAUGGCAUUGUCUUUAGCCAACUCAAGUCGUUGCAACUUCGCGGUCUUCCCAAACUUUCAAGCUUUUGCACAAGGAAGUGUGACUUUGAGUUCCCAUCUUUGAAAGAAGCAAUUGUGAUAGGAUGUCCACAGAUGAAAUAUUUUUCCAUGGGAAAGACAAUAACAAAAGAAUUACAAAAUGUUCAAUGGAGUGCUGAUAAAGAAAAACAAAAUGUUCAAUGGACAAAUGAUGAAGAGAAAAGACACUGGGCAGGCGAUCUUGACAGCACAAUAUAGGACUUAUUCACUCAAAAGGUACCCACAUUAAUUCAAAUGAUUUCCUUCUGUUUUUUUAUCAUUAUAUAUUAAGUCUUCAUUCCUUAAUGUUACUAGAUCUAGUGAAAUAGAAGAACAUGUUAAUAUAAUAUAAUUUCAGAAAACUUUUUUAAAUAAGUUUUUUGCUGGGAUCGUAUGGGAUAGUUUAGAGUGAAAGGUAAAGAAUUGCAUAGGUCUACUUUCUUCCUUUUGGAUGGUUAAGAGGCUAGCCAUUCUCUCUUGUUUGAACUUUCUCAAAGGCAAGGAAUAGGAGCACUUUCAGUAAGGGGAUUAGAAGAAGAGCUUACAAGGUCAGUUGAUGGCGGCUUCACUUUCACUUAGUUUCUAAAUCUAAUGUACAUUAAAAGAACCGAGGGUUGAUCAUUCAUUUUCUAUAAUCCUUAAUUUAAUAAUCAUAUAGACAUUAGUGUAGUGACAGAGAGGAAAGAACAGUAAUUUCAAAAACUUAAAAGGAAUAUUUUUGUAUAUUUCUACAAUUCGAUUUUUGUGAUUAACUGGAUAGAGUUAUUAAUGUAUUUUCUUUCUUUGAUUAAUAUCAUUGUUAUUGUUAUUGGGUUCAGUGUUAUACCAAGAUAAUUAAUCUAUUGGGUUUUA